GGCUGCCUUCAAACAACCAUUUCACGCGACGCUGCUGUUCGUUUCGCAUAUUAUGGCGUUGGCGUAGAGAAAAGAGAAAUUUUCCCAUCUAAUCUAGAAGAUCUGCUUUAUCUUCUGCUUAGCAGACAGGUUUGAUAAUCAUUUGGAAGAAACGGAAAUAUCAUCAUCCUUCACAUCAGACUGUUCUCACCUAAGCAUCACCAUUUUGCCCCAUGGAACCAGCAUCAAGGCGGCACUUCUUCAAACAUGGAGGGCAGGAUCCUUCAAUAGGCUUAAAUUCGGCCGAGAUCCAGGAGUGCCACUGGUGCCAGUUGCGGUCCUUUGCCAAUCAUGAAAAAUACCCCAUUUCGAUCAUUAACACCACCAAAGAUGGGGCUUCGCUGCCUCCAGACUUCCGAUUCAUCUCAGAAAGGAUUCUCGGAGAGGGGGUUUCGCGCGCCGAGGCUAGCUUCCUCAGCGGCUGCGAAUGUACCUCGAACGAGGAUUGCAUGUACGGUGGCUGCGAGUGCCUCUCGGAUCUCCCUGAUUCUGGAUUAGAGAGCGACGGUGAUGCAGACUUUCGCAGGAGCCGUAAUAACCGCAUCAAGAAGUUUGCAUACUAUUCGAGUGGCGAAAGAGCCGGCUUGUUGAGGGAAAGCUACCUGGAUACGAGGACAGCCAUCUACGAGUGCCAUGAGCAGUGCAGCUGUGGGCCAGACUGUCCGAACCGUGUGGUCGAAAGGGGCCGCACCUUGCCUCUUCAGAUUUUUCGUACCGAUGAUGGAAGGGGAUGGGGUGUCAGGGCCACAGUCGAUAUCAAAUGCGGCCAGUUCGUGGAUACCUAUAUUGGCGAGGUGAUUACCGACAGCGAGGCUGUGGAGCGGCGCAAGGCCACCCGCAAGAAGGACUUGUAUCUUUUCGAUCUGGACAAAUUCUGGGAAGUGAUACAGGACGACCAAAGCAGGUUGGUGAUCGACGGAGAGUACCGAAGCGGGCCUUCCCGUUUCUUCAACCAUAGCUGCGACCCGAACAUGCGCAUCUUUGCGCGUGUUGGCGCUCAUGCCGAACUGAACCUGCACGACCUUGCAUUUUUUGCUAUCCGAGAUAUAUCAAAUGGCGAAGAACUCACAUUUGAUUAUGUCGAUGGCCAGGUCUUGCCAGAUGGUGAAUCCCUGGACGAUGAAUGCUUGUGUAAAAGCACUAACUGCAGGGGCGUUCUCUGGAGCUAAUGAGGGACUGUCGAAAGAGCCUCACGGGGCUUUUCUUUUCCUUUUUUUUCCCGAGCCGGGCAUGCGCAAAAGUUGCAGAUGCAGUUUUCGAUAGAUAAUAUAAUAUGACCGUUCAACACAAUUCCCAAACC